GCACUAUUCAGCUAUUGGAUAAGAGUGUUGUAAGACAAUAUUGGAAUCAGAGCGUUAAACUGUUGUUAUUAAUGUGCUAAUGUACGUUUCUUGUUUAGUAUAAUUCUGAACAGUCGAAUUGGACUUGGCAAUGCUGCUUAUUCUGCUCACACAUCGUUGCGUUUGUUUUACAAUUCUGUCUUGGUGGCAUUAGACCGUUUGUAUGUGCAUUUUUUUCUUUGCAGAUUAUAUAUUUCAUGAAAUCGAAAAAAGACUGAUGUUCUUGAUAGCCUAAUAGUUUAUUUGAAAAAAGUUAUUAAUUGAAAUAUUAGUAAUUAUAUUCCUAUUACAAUAUAUUUCUGACAUUUCUUUUUUUGGACCAAUUUAUGUCAAUGCAUGCCUUUUCGAUAUUCUAAAUUUAAAACAAUUGUUAAUUUGUUUUAUGUUUAUGAAUCAAUUUCUGUGGGACAGGAUGUAUGUGUCAUUAAAUGUGUGAUAAAACUGCUUGCAUCGCUGCAAAGUUUUUUAACGACCACAUUCAGAGUUUUUUUUCGAUAUGCAAGAUUAACUAGCUUAUACAACUAUAUUGUCAAUUUUGUGGGAUUUAUUUUUUGAUAAGAUUUGUUGCCUUAAAUAAGAAUGUACGUUCAUGAAGACUAAAUUUUUUUUCGAAUGCAAAUGGAAUUUUUCGAUAUCAUAUGAUUUGUUUAUUUAAAUUAUGAGCGGACUUUAUGAACGCUCUCUGUACUGGAUAUCUUGUUUUGGAUUUGUGAUGUGCAUGAUGGUACUUUGUCUUUAUUUUAUGUUGGUUUAGAACUGUUUUAUGUUGAAAAGAGUAAUAUGUGUAAAUUUGAAUUUUAGUUUGUUUCGCAACGUAGUGCAUAAAUCUUUUCUUAGUCCUAAAAAUGAUGCCCAGGUGCGCAUGAUUGAACUUAUAUCAUUAUUAUUGUUAUUAUUUUCGCGGAUUUGAUUGAGGAAGUAUUUUAGUAAUGAAUUGACUGAAAAUAUUGUGUAAUUUGAUUUUCAGUUGAAUUAUAUAUUGUAUAAAUAUUAUUUUUUUGCCUAAAAAUGGCCGCUGAGGUGGACGAUGCAACUGUGGAAGUAGAAGAUGAAUUUGUGGAGGAACAAAUUGACCUGAAAAAUAUUAAUCCCAAUGUGAUGAUGGCUUCUUACUAUGCAGUAACAUCAUUUCUUGCCACAUAUGGAUGGACUCUCAUGGUAAUUGCUGUUCUACUUAUAAUAAUAUGGAGUAACAUUGAGAAAAAAGUCAAGAAAAUGAUUGAAAGAGCGAAAGAACGAAAUGAUCCAGUGGAAAAUGAUCCUGAAGUUCUGGCUAAAAGAGCUGAAGCAAUGGAACUUGCCAGACAAAGAAUGCAGGAAAAAGCAUCUGCAAUUCUAAGAAGGGAGGCAGAGAGGAGGCAAGAGCUUGAAGAGAAGAAACGCCUAGAAAAGCUUGAAGACUAUGAUGCAAUGCAGGCUGGGAAAUCAUCUCAUGCUACUCAGAGGAAAGUUGAACAAAAUGAUAAAAUCCAGGCUGCCAAUGCUACUGCUAAAAAACUGGGAUCAAAAGACAAAGCCAAGCCCUUGAGAGACAAUGAUUACAAUCCAUUAACCGGGACGAGUUCAAGCACUCGCUAUCGACCUCCCCCAAGGCGAACUGGGGGUGGAUGAGGUUAAAUAAACGCUUGUGUAUUCAAUGUGUGCUUCCACUGAGUUCUCUUUUGUAAAUGCUGUGCUUCCCAAAUUAUUUUAUUGCUGUAAAAACAUAUUAUUGACGAUCAACAACAUUCACAAAGGUUUUUAUGGAGCAUGCUCUCUUCUUGAAAGAAUUUGAUAGUUCUCUGUUUCACAACAUUCAUAAAUGUAGCUUGAAAAGAGUGUUGUUUCCCCUUCCUGACAAGACACAACUACUUUAAAUCUAGGAAAAACCAGAACUCGAACUUAUAUUUCAAAUGCAUAAAUACAGAAUAGCUUAGAUAUAUUACAUUCUUCAAUCUUUUUUAAUAAAGCAGUGUACUAGCAAUAUCUCAAAGGAUAUAGCCAAAAAAGCCUAAAUUUGAAUUGCUGUUUUUAAUGCAUAAGUAGUGGAAAGAAUCAGAUUAAUUUGCCAUCUGGAAAAAUUGUAUCAAUAAGCUCAUUAUCCACUUGUUUACUGUGCUUAAUCAGUAGUUUCUUGCGACUUUGUCUGUCUAAAUUUGGUUCACUUCGUUAUUAAGUCCCUGCUGAGAGUGAACACUAUUAUAGAUAUAGCAAUGUGGGUGUUUCUAGUCAAAAAUUUGUUUUGCUAAUGUGGUUGAUAACGGUGCUUUCAAUGCAGUUGAAUUUUGAGAUUAUUUUGUUUCAUUUACUUCAAACAUACAGGGUAUUCCUAGAGGUUUAUUAGAAAAUUAAUUUAUUAUUAAUUUUUAAAUAGUUUUUGGUCCCUUCUACUGGUGUAGCUAUUAAAUGAAGUAAAAACUUAAACACUGAUUGAAAUAUAACAAACCUGGUUAAGAUAUACUGAGAAGUGACUUCACAACAAAAUUGAAAUUGCAACAGGUCUUUAUGAACACCCUGUACUUUGUGUAUAAUGCUGUUAUAUUCUUGCUUGUAUUAUGAAAUAUCUUAGUUGAUAGAUAUUUAUCCAAAAGUAAAAAAUUUUCACACUUGAAAACUAUAAUGUAAAGUCAAGUUUAUUUUUUCCAACCGGUAAAAAAAUCAAUAAUGGCAUCCAAACAUUAAUUUCAUUGUAUCUGUAACUUUUGCCAAAGAUAUAUCCGCUCAAAUCUUUUAUUUCGGUGUUUAUAGCAAUUUAUAUUAUUAUUUCAUUGCUCUUGUAGUAUGUAUUUAGAAAAACCUGACACACGAUUUUCAAUUAAUAAUCAUAGUUAACUAUUCCUCUUAUCUUUUUCAAAUGCACUUUUUCAGUGGAAGCACACAACACAAGCGUUUUAUGUUUUAUAAAGUGACUUUAUACAUUUGGAUUAUUCAAUCACAAUUCCAUAAAAAUUGCCUGCAAGUCCCUUUGUAUAUAUAUAUACCUGAAGUGGGUCAAACACAUUCACAUAGUAAAUGCAUAUGAUUGCCCACUUGUGGACAUUCAAAAAAAAAUUUCUGGAUCUUUCUUACAAAAACCAAUACCGCCGACUCCGAUUGAGACAAAUUCAAGUUUGAAUGCGAGUCAAUAAAACUUUUUGACUCCAGCUUCAAACUUGGGAAAAAAUUUAAUUCUGAUGGCAAAAACUUGGUGUAUGCAAGCAUUAUUUAAUAUACUGUUACUAACCCUUGGUAAACUUGAUACCAUUUUAGUUUCUGAAGAAAAUUUUGACUUUAUUAUCAUUGAAGGAUGAAAUUUCAACUCCGACUGUGAAAAUUAAUAUUUUUAUUCAGACUCUGGGUAGUCUGAAUUUUCGACUCCUUCCAACUCUGUUGAGAACAUUCCAAUCUCGGCCUCACAGCCCUGUUUUGAAACAACCUCCAUUUUUGAAUCCCUGGUGCUUUUAUUCUCAUUCAAUUUUAUGGAAUUGUCUUAUUUUGGAUCCCUUUGUAUUUUAUGACGCUUGUUGCUGUAAAGAACCGGACGGUUUUGGCACAAGUUGAGAUUUAAGUCACAACAUGCUGAAUUUAUAUCUUUAUCAUUGUAAAUAAAAUUUAUAUGUGCAAUGUU